AUGGCCGCAGUACCGUCUCUCAAGUACGACAACCGAGAAGGCAACCGAGAAGGGCUGCCCUCGGAUCGACCUCUCGGAGAGAUUGAGGCACGCGAAAAGCAACACGAAAUUCACAACACCGUGACGGCCACCUGGAAGGGGCGGAUUUGGGAUACAUUUGACCUUCCGAAAGACCAGCGGAUCCUCCUGUUCAAGGUGGACGGACUCCUCCUCACGUUUGCCGCUCUUGGAUACUUCCUGAAGAAUCUCGACCAGCUCAAUGUCACGAACGCCUUUCUCAGUGGCAUGAAAGAAGACAUCCACCUGUUUGGCAAUGAGCUCAUCACUUCCAACACCAUGUACACUGUCGGCUACGUGAUCGGUCAAGUGCCAUCCAACCUACUUCUUACCCGUGUGUCGCCGCGAUGGGUUAUCCCGACUCUUGAGCUUGGAUGGGGCAUUGCAACUCUUGCUUCCUACCGCAUCAACGACUAUCGAGGGCUUUAUGCUGUGCGCUUCUUUGUCGGUCUGUUCGAGUCUGGGUUCUACCCAGGCAUCCAGUAUCUACUCGGAGGGUGGUACACGCCGCGCGAGCUCGGAAAGCGAGUGGCAAUUUUCUGGCUCUCCGGAUCCCUGGGUGGGAUGUUCAGCGGUAUCCUACAGGCAGCCGCCAGUCGAAACCUCGACGGCGUCCAUGGCCUUGAGGGUUGGCGUUGGAUGUUCAUCAUCGAUGCCAUUAUCACGAUCCCGAUCGCCAUAUUUGGCUUUGUGUUUCUCCCUGGGCUUCCCCUUCAAGACAAGAAGUCGUGGUGGCUUUCUGACGAAGUACGUGGACAGUUACGAGUGAGCCUUCCUGACGCUCUACAGGAGUAUACCCUGGCCCAGAAUCGACUCAAGGACAUUGGCCGAGCUGGAAGGACUCCUUGGACAAAGAAGAAGAUUGUCAACCUGCUGUCCACUUGGCACAUUUAUGUCCUGCCCUUACUCUACGUCUUCUGGAACAACUCAUACCCUCAGCCGGUGAUGGGUUUCUAUCUCAAGAGCUUCAAUGCCAAACCCGCGCCUGUGCCCGGUCGCCACUACUCUGUCUCGCAGAUCAACCAGUUGCCUCUUCCUCAAUCAGCGAUCUUCGUGGUAAUUGGAUUCAUCUUCGCUUGGUUGUCUGAUGGACCGUUCCGGGGACGUCGCUGGCCUUUCAUCUACGCAGGCUGCCUGCUCAGUCUGUGUAUUGCGAUCCCACUAAAGGUCAUCCCGUUGUAUGGCAACAUCGAUGCCCACUUCGCCCUGUACUGGUUGAACUACCUCGGGAUGGGUGCAGGUGGCCUGAUCGUCACUUGGGUCGGUGAAAUUGCCUCGGGAGACUCGGAGAAGCGAUCGAUUCUCGUCGCCCUUUGUAAUGACCUCGCCUUCGUGGUUCAAGCUGUUGGACCGUUGUUCUACUGGAAGACGACGGAUAUGCCUGCCGCGCGAAAAGGAUGGACGGCGGUUGUCAUCUACACAUGCCUACUCAUGUUCUGGACGACGCUUGUGCUCGUGCUUUUAGAGUGGGACAGACGCAAAGCUGCGGCCAAAGCUGGGGAUGAGUCGCCUUCACAGGUCGCUCGCCCGUCGCCUACUGAGUCCAAGGAGUCGCUCGAGGGAGACAAGGCAGUUUAA